AUGGCGGAUAUGAACGUGUCGAAGGAGUUUUUCGAAUGCGCAGUCCUGCCUCCGAAUUUAAGAAAGCCACUUCACGUAAUGAACGAGUAUCUUGCGGCCGAGUAUGUCUGCUCGUGGGCUGAACCUCUACUGCAGCGGGGAAGCAAGCUGGUCGACACUGUGUUCCAAUGCUGCGGACUGCCUGCACUAAUUGGGAAAAAAGGAGACUGGGGCCCGUGCGAAAGCAUUCCUUGCACUGUAAAGAGUGCUAUGCGCACCGAAGGUUUUCACUUGCUACUGCAUGCAGACGAACGGCGAACCGGAAACUACAAAUACUGGUUGGAGUGUACUUUCUGCCGAGACAAGCCGAUUUACAACGAAAUUGGCAAUCAUAUGCUCCAGAAGCAUCCGAACGCUACUUACAUCCAGUGUGAAAAAUGUUUUGCUCCUUUGUCUGGGCCUAUCAGCUUGUCAGUUUCCCAUGCUGUCGUCUGUCCGCGUCGACGCUGUCCAUUGGCAUUUCAUAUCGCAGCUGGAGAAGGGCGUGAUCCCUAUGUUCCACUUCGUCAGGAAAUACCGCACUUCCCGUUCCCCGUUUCAAAGAAUAAGCAGCGCUUUGUCGUGGAACGCCCGCAUGGACGCAAUUGGAUUGUGCUCAGCUUGGAGAGGAAGUAA